ACCCACUCUUUUAUCUCAUCCAAUUCCUCUAAUAAAUUUCCCUUUUCUGCCAUUGUUUCUGUUAGCCUUCCAAAUUACGAUCACCAUGAACUACAUCUAAAUCCACCAAGAAACUCUGCCCUGCUGUAAGAAAAUGAGUCACCCCAAGAAGUCCAAUUUUCAUCUAAUCAUGUUCCCGUGGUUUGCUUUUGGCCACAUGACUCCAUUCCUCCACCUUUCUAACAAGCUUGCAGAGAAAGGUUGCUCCUCCACCUUCUUGCUUCCCAACAAAGCUAUACAACAACUACAACACUUGAAUCUUUAUCCUCAUCUCAUCACCUUCCACCCUCUCACCGUCCCUCACGUCGACGGUCUCCCUCCCGGCACCCAGACCGCUUCUGACAUACCCAUCCAAUUCGUUCAUUUGCUUGCUGCAGCUAUGGAUCGUACUCGCGACCAAGUCGAAAGGGUAGUACGUGACACCAAGCCUAAGUUGAUUAUUUAUGAUGUAGCCCAUUGGGUGCCGGAGAUAACCAAAGCGUUUGGCAUUAAGGCCAUUAACUACUCUGUAGUUUCGGCUGCAGCCAUUGCAAUAGUGUUAGUUCCUGCACGUAAUGUGCCUAAAGACAGACCCAUUACCGAGGCUGAGUUGUUAGUGCCACCCACCGGGUAUCCUUCGUCGGCUAUUGUUUUUCGUGGCCAUGAAGUGCGCUCAUUGUUAUUUGUAUCUCAGCCUUUCGGUGAGGGAAUAACGUUUCACGAGAGGAUCUCCAAAGCAAUGAAAGAAAGUGAUGCUUUAGCUAUGAGAACUUGCGAUGAAACCGAAGGAAAAUUUUGUGAAUACAUUGGGAGUCAAUAUGGAAAGCGGGUGUUUCUAACCGGACCUGUGUUGCCGGAGCCGCCUAAAAUACCACUAGAGGAUCGGUGGGUUAAAUGGCUAAGUGGGUUUCAACCAGGUUCAGUAGUUUUCUGUGCAUUUGGAAGUCAAAUUGUUCUAGAGAAAAAUCAGUUUCAAGAACUGGUUCUAGGGCUUGAAUUAACAGGUUUGCCCUUUUUAGUGGCCUUAAAGCCACCGGUGGGUACCUCGACGGUGGAAGAAGCACUGCCGGAAGCCUUCGAAGAGAGAGUUAGAGGUAGAGGAGUGGUUUGGGGCGGAUGGGUACAGCAGUUAAAGGUCCUAGAGCACCCAUCAGUAGGAUGUUUUGUGAGCCAUUGUGGGUUCGGAUCAAUGUGGGAAGCUUUGAUGAGUGAUUGUCAAAUAGUAUUGGUGCCACAUUUGGGUGACCAAAUCUUGAACACAAGGUUCAUGGCUGAAGAGUUGCAGGUGGCGGUGGAGGUGGUGAGAGAGGAGAGUGGGUGGUUUUCCAAGGAGAACGUAAGCAAAUCCAUAAAGUCUGUGAUGGAUAAAGGCAGUGAAACGAGUUUAAGGCUGAAGGAGAAUCACAGAAAAUGGAGGGAUAUGCUGGUAAACAAUGGGUUUAUGACUGGUUAUGUUGAUAAAUUUAUACAAAGUAUGCAUGAACUUGUUAACUAA